GCGACGCGACGGCCUUGACGCGUCUCUUCAGCUUCAGCCACCGGUACCACCACAGCCGUCCGGACAUGGCCGUUGCUCGUCGUUCACUGCCACAUCCCUCAUCGUCAUUCUUCUGCCCGCAGCCGCCGGCACUGACGUCGAGUGGCUCGCUUCCAUCGACGCUUGGCGCACCCUGGAAGUCUAAGUCCGGACGGAUCAAGCUCUCUUGCACCUGGUGACCGCCAGCCCGGUCGGCCUAUGACGCUAUCCGCGGUAUAUAUACCGCCGCUAGUACUACGCCCUCGAGACGCUUUAGACGCGACUCUUGAACGCACCAUCGCCGACGGCGGCGGGGCAGUCUACAUAUAUCUCGAUACUCAGACGCUAUCACUGAAACCAUUGCCACGUACCGUCCACCAUCCGCCCUUCUCGCUGGUUUGACGCGCUAUGACCAUUCUACGACGGGCACCACUCUUGCUCAGUGCUCGGGGAGCGCACUCGCCAGCUCACUCUCGGUCGGUCUCUAAUGGGCUCACUAUCGGCAUUCGCAGGGAGGACCCGUCUCGAAUAUGGGAACGUCGCUGCCCGCUCACACCUGAAGCAGUCAACGAGCUGGUGACGAAGGAAGGUGUGAAUGUCGUUGUGCAGCCCUGUGAUAGGCGAGUGUUCACCAUGCGCGAGAUGAGAGAGGCUGGAGCAGUCCCUCACGAUACCCUCUCGCCUGCACACAUCAUUGUCGGAAUCAAGGAGACGCCUCUGAGUGAAGUCCUUACAGACCCGCUUCCUCUGUCUGGACAAGUAGUACCCCGGACACAUCUGAUGUUCUCGCAUACACACAAAGGGCAAGAAUAUAACAUGGAACUUCUGUCCAAGUUCUUGAAUCCUCCAACUCUAUCGGCUCAUCAGAUAGACCGACUACGACCCACGUUGAUAGACUACGAACUGCUGACUGACGACAGCGGAAAGCGAACAGUAGGAUUCGGGUGGUACGCUGGAGUUGCCGGAGCGCUGGAGUCCCUCGCAGCUCUGGCGCACGCGUUGCUGGAGCAGGGUGUUGCUUCGCCUUUCCUUUCCACACCACGUCCGCACACACAUCCUUGUCUGCCUUCACUCACCAACUCUCUGCAUAAACUUGUCGGCGACCGUAUAGCGUCCGAGGGUACCCCUCCGGUUCUCGGACCGGUUGUCAUCUGUGUCACAGGGACAGGUAAAGUUGCUCAGGGCGCAUUAGACCUCUUGGCCGAACUGCCCAUUCAACGAGUGAGCGUCGACGAUUUGCCGCGGCUUAUCUAUGUUGUCCAUGCGUUGCCAAAGGACUACUUCGUACGCGCAGACGGCAGUCCUUACGAGCGUUCACAUUAUUAUGCGAACCCAGACCAGUACACGUCCAUUUUCCACGAGAAGAUCGCCCCGUACCUUACCCUCCUCGUCCACGGCGCAGGCUGGGCACGCGGCUAUCCGCGCACGAUGACCAACGAACAGCUGCGCCUCGCUCUCGAGGCCGCGCAAGGCGUCGGGCCGGGCCGGUUCACGUGCGUCGGCGACAUCAGCUGCGACAUCGAGGGCGGGCUCGAGUUCCUGCCGCAGCACUCGACGCUGAGCGCGCCGUUCUUCAGCACGCGCCCGGCGGCGCUCCCAGCGCACCUGCGCGACGUGACGGUCAUGGCGGUCGACAUCCUGCCCACGGCACUGCCGCGCGAUGCGUCACAGCAUUUCACGCGUGUGCUUUUACCGUAUCUGCGUACGGUCAUCGGAGGCUACCGCGGCGCGCCGGUCGUCGGCGGCGACGAGCGCGGACGGGCGGAGGCGCUGGAGCGCGCGACGACGGCGAAGGGCGGGGUCCUGGCGGAGCGCCAUCGCUGGCUGGAGGACGGCCCGCUUGGGGCCUGGAGGUCACAGUCUGGGGUCGUCAAAUCUGAGGCCGGCGGUGCGCCAGUGCGGAAGAAAGUUCUGAUGCUUGGGAGCGGCAUGGUUGCCGGACCUGCUGUGGACGAGAUUGCGAGGCACGGCGACGUGGAGCUUUUUGUUGCGAGCAACGUUCUGAACGAGGCGAAACGGCUGACGGCGCACCACGCCAAUGCGUCGGCUGUUCUAGUCGACAUGGGCGACCAACAGCGGGUCGGGCAGCUGGUCGAGGAAGCGGACCUCGUGGUCAGUUUACUACCGGUUCCUUUCCACCCAAUCGUUGCCGAAAUAUGCCUCAAGCACAAGAAGCAUCUUGUUACCGCAUCGUACAUUUCACCCGCGAUGCGCGCUUUGCAUGAACGGGCCGUCGAUGCCAACGUGAUCUUCCUGAAUGAGAUUGGUCUCGACCCGGGCAUCGACCACUGCUCCGCCAUCUCCCUGCUCUCGAAGCUUCAGGCAGAGAACAAGCGUGUGGUGUCGUUCACGUCGUUCUGCGGCGGGUUGCCGGCGCCCGAGCAUGCCGAAGGUAUUCCGCUCAAGUACAAGUUCAGCUGGAGUCCGCGAGGCGUGCUCGGCGCUGCGCUUAAUGGUGCGCGCUUCAAGCUGUGUGGCGAGCUCCGAGAGAUCGAGGGAAAGAACAUCUUGAAGGAGGGCUUCCCCGACAUGCCGGUGUCAGAUGUCCUGAAGCUGGAAGGGAUAGCCAAUCGGGAUAGCUUGCAUUACGCGGAUGUAUACUCUCUAGGGAAGGUCGAGGACCUGAGGACGCUGGUUCGCGGGACCAUACGGUACCCUGGCUUUUCCUCUCUGAUGCAUUCAUUCAAGACCAUCGGCCUUCUGGACGUCGACCGACAGGUCCGGCUCGAGCACUGGUUUGACCUCCCGCGCGAGGUUCUCAGUGCACGGCUGGGUGCACCGAUCCCGAACGACGCCGCCUCAUUCACCUCAGCGCUGCUCAACCUCAUGGGCGACUUGGAGUCAACAGAGGUCUUGGACGCACUGUCCUGGCUGGGACUCCUUCCCGAGAGCACGCACACGCUCGCGACUCCGGUGCCGACAGCGCCAAUGGCACCAAUCGACCUCUUCGCGACCGUGCUCGCGCAACAGUUGCGGUACCACCCUGGCGAACGGGACCUGGUCGUGCUACAUCACGAGCUCGUCGUGCGCCCGGCGACACUCGUGGGGUUGCAUACCAGUGCAGAGGAAGUGCACACUUCGUCGCUUGUCGCGUACGGCGACGCCGGCGCGUCGGCGAUGGCGCGCACGGUGGGCAUGCCUCUCGCGUUCGCCGUGCGCGCAGUGCUUGAUGGCAAUAUCCAGACCCGUGGUGUGUGCGGGCCUGGUGCGGAGAAGGCGAUAUGGACGGGUGUGCUCGCCGGACUUGAGCAAGCAGGCCUAGGUAUGCGCGAGAGUGUGUCGCACAGGGUGUCUGGAGGUGGGCAGGUUGAGAGCAUGCUGGUGCGGCCACGUAGCACGUUGAUGCAGACAUAUUGAAUUGUAACAGCAUAUAUGUAUAUAGAAUGGACGCCCAAACACUGAAGGCUCUUGGCGAGCAAAGAGGAUAUUCCUCUCCCAAC